CUUUGUGCUGGGAAAGAUGAAGUUCUUUGUACUUUUUGCGAUUCUCGUCGCUAUCGUUCACGCAUCUUGCGCAAGUGUUCCUAAAGUUGUUUACGAUGGACCGAUUUACGAGUUGAGGCAAAUUGAGGAGGAAAAUAUAGAACCAGAUACAGAAUUGAUGGAUUCCAACGAACCGCUGCUACCACUACGACAUCGAAGGGUAACGUGCGACGUUUUAUCAUGGCAAUCAAAAUGGCUGAGCAUUAAUCAUUCAGCCUGCGCUAUCAGAUGUUUAGCUCAACGACGUAAAGGCGGUAGUUGCAGAAAUGGCGUGUGUAUCUGUCGAAAGUGAAACGAUUCGAAAAUUGAUUGUACCGAUCUGUUCAUCUUGAAAUAAUAUCUCCAAUAUUUUUUUACUCGAAAUUUCAUACUUUUUAUUUUAUAACAAGUAAAAUCAUUUUUUAAAAUCAUAUUCUAUAUAUGUAUAUUUUGUAUAUCAUAAUCGAUUAAGAUAAAAACAUUAUUUUGUAUUUUGUUAGAUUUUUCGAAAGUAAAAGAAUUUUUACAAUUUCUUUUUAAUAAAUUGCUUCUUGCAGAACGGAUGA